AUGAACAAUCUGUUCGCGAACCCAGACGACCCGAACAUGCUCGAGCACAUCGAGGAACGGUUGUCGAGCGGGAGGACGACGUGUUGCCAGUGGAACCGACGAGGGAACGUCCUCGCCGCGGGGACGACCAAAGGGACGAUCGUUUUGUGGUGCUUCGACACGCGGGCGGUCGUGAGAGAGUUUCGAAACAACAACCACUCGGAGGAAAGAAGGAGGAGAAGGAAAGAGAAUUCUCCUCAGUCUGCUGCUGUGGGAGAAGAGGAAGAGGAAGAGGAGGAAGAGGUUUCUUUCCCCAUCCGGUGUUUGUGCUGGAGACGAGAUAACCGGAAAAUCGCGGCCGGGGAUGCCAACGGACACGUAUUAAUCUGGGACGUUCUCACCGGAGAUCUGGAGACUCGCAUGACGGACAUCGGCACUUUGAAUAACAUCGAGUUUACGAAAGAUUUCAAGGCGUUGUUGUUCUCGCCGGCGGGGUUUAAAGCGCCGAUGUUUCGCGCGAUUUCGAAGAGAAGUGGAACGAUGUGGCCGGAUACCGUGGUGCCGUUACCGGGAGGGUCCUUGGAUGAAGCGGACGUGCACGGGUGUCCGGCGAUAUUGACGAGGAGCGGGAAUUUUUGCGUCUACGCGACGACGGGAGGCGGGUUGUGCGUGGCGAGAUUGAAAGAGGACGGGGAAGGCGCGCAGAUGAGGAGAGGGUGGAAGUUGGUGCAAACGAUAGAGUUGGUGGCGAAAGAUGCGAAAAUGGUAAAACGUUUGGAGCUGUCCAGGGAUGGGAAGACUUUGUUGGUGGUGUCGUUUUCGAAAUGUAUCGUCGCCUUUGACGUGGUAGGGGACGUGGAGGACAAAAAACGGAAUAAAGAGAAAGAAGAUUUGAAGAAUGAUGAUAACAACAACGAUGAUACUGGUUUAGAGACGACCGUUUUGAAGAACAGGCGUCAGUUUGAGAACGAACACAGUCAAUCUUCUUGGGAAUCCGCCUGCGUGGCUUUUGAUAAUAAAUUCGUUUACGCCGCCUCCUCUACGGCGUCGCACGAGGUGCACUGUUGGAAUUUGAAGACGUUGGAGUUGACGAGAGUUUUAGAAGGGCCAAACGAGGCAAAAGGAUUGAUCCGAUCGUGUUAUCAUCCGAAACGACCUUUAAUGAUCGGCGUUGGUGCGAAUGGGAUCAUGUACGUGUGGGCGAAAGUGUACGAGGAGUCGUGGACGGCGUUUCAACCGGAUUUCCAAGAGUUGAAGGAAAAUCGAGAAUACAUCGAACGCGAGGAUGAGUUUGAUAUCAAAGACGAGGAAGAAAAUAACGAUGGAACCAGAAAGGAAAAGAAGCCGAACGUGACGUAUCUUGAUGACGCGUCGAGUUUGACCUUUGCGGAUUUAAAGUUGUGGGACACGGAUUUGUCAGCCUAUUGGACGGACGCGGACGAGGACGUCAUGCACGAUUUGCCCGUGGAGGUUAUCGUCGAUUACGAGCUCCAAGCGCAGAUGGAAGAGAAGAAGAAGAAGUGGGAGAGGAAGCAAGCGCUGAAAGCGGAGAAGAAGAAAAAGGAGGCAGAGGAAAAGGAAACGGAGAAAAACGGAGGAAAAGGAAAAGAGCGAGAAGACGAUGGAGACGAGAACGCGAAGAAGCAAAAAAUGGACGACGCUAAAAACGAGGGAAGGGACGGCGCCGCUAAGAUGGAAGAAGACGACAUUAUUAACGAUGAUGAUAAAGAGAAAGAUUGA